CACACACUCACACACUCACACUCACCCUCCUCCAGCCCCACCACCCCCACUAUGGCCGCGUCCGCCCUGUCCACCUGCUCCGGCGACCUGAGCUAUGGCAGCUGGGUCUGCCUGCCCGGUCCCUGUGACUCCUGCACCGGCUCCUCCUGGCAGGUGGACGACUGCCCAGAGAGCUGCUGCGAGCCCCGCUGCUGCGCCCCGGCCCCCUGCCUGAGCCUCCUCUGCGCCCCAGCGAGCUGUGAGCCCUGCCCCUGCCCAUCUGCCUGCACCAGCUCCUGCAUGGCCUUGUGCUGCCCGCAGUCUAGCUGCCAGCCCUCCUGCUGCACCUCCUCUCCCUGCCAGCAGGACUGCUGUGAGCCUGUGUGCUGCAGGCCUGUCUGCUGCAGGCCCGUGUGCUGCACACCUGUCUGUUACAGGCCUGUGUGCUAUGAGCCCACCACCUGCCCCUCGUCCUGCUGCAGACCCUCCUCCUCUGUGUCCCUGCUCUGCCGCCCCAUGUGUAGACCCGCCUGCUGUGCCCCCGCCCCCUCCUGCCAGCCCAGCUGCUGCCGCCCGGCCUCCUGCGUGUCCCUGCUCUGCCGCCCCAGGUGCUCCCGCUCGGCCUGCUGCGUCCCCAACUCGGCCUAGAAGUCUGGCUGCUGACCGGCUGGUCUGCCGGCCUCUCUCCAGCUGCUGUCUUUGACCCUGAGCCCAGCUGUCCUCUCUCAGGAGCCCCGGAGCCCCUCUGCUGGCACCAGGACCUCCCCUCUCUCGUCGGUGGACACACAGCUGCUGCCUAGAGGGGACUUGAACAUGCCGCCCACAAACCCCUCAGCUGGGGGGACUGCCGGCCCCGGGAGCCCUCCUCUGCAGGGUUAGGUGCUUGUAUUUCAUGUGUCAAAGGUCAACUGCCAUCGUCAAUAAAAUGUUUGUGUGGGGAAAUACGGACCCAUGUCUAUUUCAUCCUCCUCCCCAAGCCACUUU